UGAUUGACAUCUCCAUGAACUGAACGUGAAAGCCAAAACAACAAAAACAAUUCGGUGGCGCAAAUUUAAUGUACAUAUAUGAUCACAAGCCUUGGUGAUCUUUCGAUGAAAAGCGCUGUCUUACCGCUGGGCAAUUGCAAUAAUGCCAACGAGGAUGCAUCGAUACUGACCGAUGGUUCUGGCUACAAGAGCAACAAAAGGAGCGGUAACAAACACAUUGUGAACGACAACACCAGCAGCAACAGCAACAGCAACAACAAUAUUAAUAAUAACAACAACAGCAACAUUAAUAAUAUAAAUGAAAAUACGCUGUGGCCUCCAGCACACGAUAUGCAAGCGUCCGCCAACGCUAAUCCAGUGCUGCGUAAUAUAAACAAUGAUAUGACAAAGGGCAUUUCGCGUAAAGUGCAUCAAUGCAGGAUGCAAUUCUCAUCCAAUGAUCGAGGAGAUAAAAUGGGCGGCGACGACAUGCGCAUGUCGAAGAUUAUGCGCCGCCUGCACAACGAAUCGAGCCCGGCGGCUGCUCUCGAACUGUGCAACAAACUGGACAUGGCCGUGCGGACUCCAGUUAAUGUGGGCUAUUUGACUCGGUCUUUUGACGUUAUCUUGGAUGGCAUGCUGUCGUUGUUUAAGCAAUGCCCGGCCCCGGUGCUAGAGGAGUGCAGCAAAACUCUUGGAGUGAUUGGCUACAUCAAUCGCAUGUCAUAUCCCAUCUAUGAGGACUUCAUUGUGAAUAACUUUAGGAUGCACAAGCGCAUGCAAAAAUAUUUAAUUGUUGCGCUACAGACGACGCUCAGCUGCGACACAAAGGGCGAUCUGCACAUUUUUUCGGACAAGAUAAUGGCCCUAUUGAAAGACUUUCUGGAGGGAGCCGAGAGCCCCGACAUCUUCAUGGGCAUCAGUACGUGCAUUGUGCAAUUCUCGCUCAAUUAUCGCGACACUUUCGAGUGCCAUUUUACGGAUGUGGUGGACAUCAUCAUUGGCUGGCAGCUGGAGGUUGGCCAGCCCGAGGAAGUGAGGACGCAUUGCGCCUACGUGCUGGAGCAGCUGACACCAUAUUUUAGCAAACAGUUGGACUUUAGCUAUGGACUCUUAACCCAGUUCAUCGAGGACAUAUCGGACAAAUCGGAGCGCCUGGACGAGCGGAUCGGCGCCUUCGUUGGGGCCUUCAAUACGCUGCUCAAAUGUCUCACCCGCAUGCACAUUUCAUGCGAAUCAAUCGUUGCCCUGGCACUCGUGCAUCUCAUCAAAGUGCUGCCCGCCAUGCUGGAGGACCCGCACGGCGUGGGCGACGAUGCUCUGAUGAAUAUCAAUGAGCUGUUCUGCAUUUGCUUGCUCAAUGGCUAUGCCAAUCCGGACGCAGAGACUCUCGACAAGCUAAUCCACAUGCAGUUCGAGCACAUAUCCAAAUUGUCCGACUCUCAAAAGUUGAGUUGCCUGUAUUUGCUGUUGUGCACGGUGCGGAAGCUGCGCGCUCGUGUGCCCGCCAGCCUGGUCCAACUGAUCUUUCAGUCGGAUCCCGCUGAUGCUGCAGAGCAGACAUAUUUGACCAGCAUACGACUACAGAACGAGACAAAGGCCCACAAGCUGCUGCUGCGCACCUGCCAGGAGACGUUGCUGAUUAAGAAUGUGCCCAUCUUGCAGCAGGCAUACAAGCAGCUCGUCCAGGACGUGGACAAAUGUAUCUCACAGCUGGCCCAGGCCGAGUGCGAUUCCAGCGAAGCGGAAAUCUUGCUCAUCUUUCAUUUGGCCACACUGGCGGCACUGGCCAAGCAGACGUCCUCAAUCAUUGGCAUGUACGCCUGCAAGCCAUCCAUACUGGAGCUCUUGAUAACCAAUUGUCGUGCCGGCGAAUUGAGCAUCUGGUCGAAGCAUCCGACCACCCAUCAUGCCAUACUCUGCCUGCUCGUCGUCCACUGCCAGGCCAAUCACAAUUUCCGCAACAACUCGAGUCUGCUGCGCGAGAGCGACGCCGACAAGAACCUGCAUCCGGGCAGCUGCCAGUCGCCGACGGCUCACAGCUUCGGUCAGAUACUGAAGUUCUUGGCCCACUGCUUGGUGAGCAGUGCACAGCUGGCGCCGGUCAAUAUCAAGCAUCUGCUCGGCUGGACAAAAUCUCUGCUGGUAGAGUGUGGCUCGCGCUGUGCCGUAUUGCUGGAGCAUGACGAUUUCAUGACCAUUUGCGAGAGCAUUGCGAGCACAGCUGCCAAAUACGCGCCCCUGGAGAGUGCUCUGUGCAUUCAGGCCGUGCUCGGCUAUGGCACAUCGAAUCUGAGCCUUGAGCUGCUCCUUUUGUAUCGCGAGACGGCGCUGCAGCAGCUCCAAUCGCUGGUCAGCAGCGCCCAUGAGGCCUACGCCCAGAUCUAUGCCCAGCUGCCGCUCAGCUUGAUCAUCGCCCGACGCGUGCCCUCCGGCAUUGGCAGCAAUCACAUUUGCGUCUGGCAGCAGCGCCUGAGCCAGUGCAGCGCCAUGCGCGAAAAUGUCUUUCGGGAUUUCUUUGAGCGCCUGCAGACGCCGGAGCAACAGCCGUUCGGCGAGUGCUUGCGGUCGAUGUUCAUACGCAGCUGCCAGGUGACGCAGCUCGACGAGCGGCAGGAGAAGCUCUCCCAGUGCACGCGCCGCUGUCAGCGUCUGGCCACCGUCUGGCUGCAGUUCGAGGCGGCGCGCUUCUGUGUCGACCAGAAGCUGCGCACGCCGCUGGGCAAGCCGCAGGACACGUUCCUCGCCUUCGAGGCCAUUGUGACGCGCUAUGCCCGACUUCUCAGUGGCUGUGGCAAGGACAAUGAGCGCCGAGACUUCGACGAUCUCUCACUGCAGCAGCUCUCCAACACGCGUGCCAACUUGAACCUGCUGCUGGGCUUCCUGGAUGCGCUCGAGAAGCUCAUCUACAAUGCGGCCGAGGGCAGCGCCUUUGCACUGCGCGCACCCGAGAAGCCAGUCAGCGCCUUCUUCCGGCUCAACAAUCCCACAUGCCAGUCCUGGUUCAAUCGCAUUCGCACCAGCGUCAUUAUCAUAGCCAUGCACUGUCAUCAGCCGGAGCUGGUCAUACGCUAUGCCCAGCAAAUCCUGCUCACCCAUAAGACGCAGGACUCCACGUACAGCCAGGCGAUAGUCUACCUGGCCUGGGCCUAUGUCAGCUGCCAGGAAUCGGACUCGCUGCGCGGCCUGUACGUGUGGGCGCGCGCGCGCAGCAGCAAGUGCUACAAGUGGCUGCUGUCUGCCGCAGAUCAGGCAGCUGAGCGCACGGAGCUGGCGCUGGCCGGCUACCGGUCCGUUCUGGCCGAUGGGGAUCUGGAGACGCAUACGCGCCAGUUUGUGCAGGCGCAGCUGUUCGAGUGCCUGCACUGCACGGGACAGUGGACGCAGCUAGUGGAGCUGAAGGCGAAGUGGAAGCGCGCCGGCGACAACAUCCAGGUGAAUCCCUUCCUGCACAAGAGCAUGACGCAGCUGAGUGUGCUGGAGCAGCUGCUGGCCAAGAGCGAGGCCACAUCGGACGAACUGAACGCUGCGCUGCACACGCUGAGCAUCUGGCCCAGCGACAACGAGCCCCACGCCAGCUUCUCGGCCGACUGUGUGCUCGAGAAGCUGGAGAACAUUGUGCUGCAGCAGUGCCACUCAGUGGACGACCACAAGCCGUUUGAGGUGGGUCCACGCGUGCAGCAGCUGCUGGACAUGAACUGGCGCGAGUGUCUGCUCAACUACAGCUGCGAGCAGCAGCACUGGCAGCAGCUGACGCUGCUGAAGCACAUCACCCAGACGCUGAGCAGCAGCCAGGAGCCGCUGAUGCUGCUGCCCAUGGACAACAAGGGCAGAGAGGAGCGCCAGCAGCAGCAGCUGCAGCAGGGGCAUCAACAUCAUCAGCACCAUAUUGGCAGCUUGGGCAGCUCCUUAUUCCUGCGUUGUGUGGCCUGGACGCAACUGCUGCGCAACCACUGCAACGUGAACAGCCUGGGCAAUCUCUAUCUGGAGACGGCGGCGGUGGCGCGCGAGGAGGGCAACCAGUCCACCUGCCAGGCCAUGCUGGAGCGGUUCUUUGGCCAGCCACUCGCAGACGUUGCGGGCUACCUGUUGACCAAUUCGCCGGACAUCAACAAUUUGCAGCUGCUGCGUGGCUACACCGAGGUGGCCAAGUGCCUGCACCUCCAACAGCAGCUCCAGCCGCAACAGCAGCAGCAGCAGCAGCAGCAGCAGCAUUUGCAGUGCAGCGAGCUGAGCGCCAUCAAUGUGUGCACAUCCCUUUGUCUGGCCAUACAGAAGCAGCUGCCGCAGCCGGAGCUGACUUCCAAUGUAGGGGCCGAGCUGUUGCUGACGCUCUCCGAUUGGAUAGCCGCGCGCAGCUGCAACGGGCUGGCCACCAACAUGUCCACCCACAUGCAGCAGCUGCUGGAGCAGCUGCCCGAGUGCCCCUUGGCGCGCAGCUCGACACAGCCGACGACGCUGCCGCACGGCGAGCGAUUGGUGGCGCGCCUGAUCAAUGCCAGCCUGCAGCAGCGGCCGAACAACGAGGAGGCGCUCAUCGCGUAUGGCAACUGGUGCUAUCGCUGGGGCAAGAAGACCGUCGACAGCGGCACCGUGCUCAGCCAGGCGGAUAUCACGGCCAUUGGCGAGGCGCUGGGCGGCGAGCAGCCCCUGGAUGGCGACACGCUGCAGGAGCUGCUGGAGGCACUGCGCACGGAGCCCCAGCCGGGCAACAACUGCGAGGAGGACGAACUGCAAACGGAUGCACAGUGCGAGCUGCGACUGCGACAGCUCAGCGUGCUGGCCGACAAGCCAGCCAGCGUGCUGGAGUCGAUAGUGCGCAUCUGGCGUCGGGCCAUGGCCAAUACCUUUGACUACUACAAGGCAGCGGCAGGCUCCUAUUUCCAGUAUCUCAGCCUGAAGGCGGGUUCCGGCGAGGGGUGUGCGGUGCAGCCGCAGCAGCCGCAACAGCCGCGUUUCCAUGUCGACGACAGCAACGUGGUAACGACAACGCUGCGUCUGCUGCGCCUGAUUGUGAAGCAUGCCAGCGGACUGCAGGAUGUGCUGGAGCAGGGCCUGAAGACGACGCCGAUUGGGCCGUGGAAGGUCAUCAUUCCGCAGCUCUUCAGCCGGCUCAAUCAUCAUGAGCCGUAUGUCAGGAAGAGUGUGUGUGCGCUGCUCUGCCGCCUGGCCGAGAGUCGGCCGCAGCUGGUCACCUUUCCGGCCGUGGUGGGCGCCAAUCGUGAGCUCCAGGCCACGCCCAUCAACAGCACCGCCAGCAGCGGCAGCGGCAGCGGCAGCGGCGGCGGUAGCAGCAGCAGCCCGGCACAGAGCUAUGCAAUAUUGUUGAAUGCGCUGACCAAACAGUCGCCCGAGGUGGUGCAGCAUGUCCAGCUGCUGGUGAAGGAGCUGCGACGCGUCUGCCUGCUCUGGGAUGAGUAUUGGAUACACUCGCUGGCGCACAUCUACAAUAGCUAUGUGGGCCGUGUCAGCGGAUUGGCCAGCGAGUUCAAGCCCGACGAUCAUGAGGGCAAGCAGAAUCGCUUCGAUAGCUGGCGCCCGCAGCUGAUCAGCGAUAUGGAGGCGCUGAUGGCAUUCACCACCCGCGAGGCGGAGACCAACUACGAGCGCAGCUUCAAGCGGCGCUUCGAUGCGCCCAUUGCGAGCACGCUGGAGGCGCUGCGUAGUCGCCCGUACCCGGAGGCAUGGGACAAGCUGAAGCAACUCUACCACGUCCUGCAGUCUAACAUGCUGCGCGGCACGAGCAGCACUCUGAGAAUGCAGACGAUCAGUCCGGUGCUGUGCGAAAUUGGACGCAUGCGCAUUUCGAUGCCGGGCCUGGACGCGCAAGACGAACAGCAGCCGGUGCACAUUGAGAGUGUGGAGAGCACCGUCUGCAUUCUGCCCACCAAGACGAAGCCCAAGAAGGUCGCCUUCUAUGGCAGCAAUGGGCAGAAGUACACGUUCCUCUUCAAGGGCCUGGAGGAUCUGCAUCUGGAUGAGCGCAUCAUGCAAUUCCUGUCCAUAUCGAAUGCCAUCAUGGCUACCAAAAAUGAUACGCCGCAGAGCUGCUAUCGCGCCCAUCACUACUCGGUCAUACCGCUGGGCCCCCAGUCGGGUCUGAUCAGCUGGGUGGAUGGGGUCACUCCGCUGUUUGCCCUGUACAAGAAAUGGCAGCAGCGCCAGCCUCAGCCGGCCACAGGCGCCACAUCGCGCCGCCUCACCGAUCUCUACUACAACAAGCUGUCGCCACUGCUGGCCAAGCACAACAUGCUAGUCACGGAUCCGCGUCGCCAGUGGCCCUUGUCGGUGCUGCGACAGGUGCUUAGCGAGCUGCAGCAGGAGACGCCGGCGGAUCUGCUCUCCCGUGAGCUGUGGUGCCAUGCGGGCAGCGCCGCCGAGUGGCGCCAGUCAGUGCGUCGCUACACGAACUGCAUGGCCGUCAUGUCCGUCAUUGGCUAUGUGAUUGGCCUGGGCGAUCGCCACCUGGACAAUGUGCUCAUCAACCUGAGCAGCGGCGACAUCGUCCACAUCGACUACAAUGUCUGCUUCGAGAAGGGCCGCACUCUGCGCAUACCCGAGCGUGUGCCCUUCCGCCUGACACAGAACAUGGUGCACGCCCUGGGCAUUACCGGCAUCGAGGGUGCCUACCGUCUGGGCUGCGAGUAUGUGCUGAAGGUGAUGCGCAAGGAGCGCGAAACCCUGCUCACCCUGCUCGAGGCGUUCGUCUAUGAUCCGCUAGUCGAUUGGACAAUCAACGAAGAUGCCUCAAAUCUGCGACGCGCUAUCAAUGCGAAACCGCUGGCCUGUGCCGCCGUCUCCAAUGAGCUGAAGUGCCUCAAGAAAGACAAGUGCAAGAACAAGCUCUCCGACUGGGACGCCAAGCGACGACACUACGUGAGCAAGCUGAAGCAGUGCCAAAAGUUUUGGUCCAAGUACAAACUGGGUAUAUUGCCUCAGCUAACGGACAUGACGCGAGAGAUUGGGAAGCUGCAGCAGAUACAGACGCAGCGCCUGGCCACGGAGCAGGAGCUGUUGAAACUGAACCAGCGCAGCGCCCUGAUAUCCGAGAUCAAUUCACUGGGCACGGCCAUUGAGAGUCACAGCUUCAAUUCGGCCUCGCCGCGCUACGCCACCAAGCUGUACCACACGGAGGCGUUGGCUCGCCAAGUCCAGUUGCGUCAGCCCGACUUUGAGGCGGUGUCGUCGCUGCUGGGGAGCUAUAGGCAAUGCCUGGAGCAGCAGCACCUGACCGACUUCAAUAUGCGGCUGAUUCACUUUAAGCUGGACGGAGGCAAYUUGCACAGCGAGUACCUGGCCUUGGUGGAGCUGGUGCAGUGCCAUUUGCCGCCCCAGACGCUGGAGUCGUACGAAAGCACACGCACCCAGCUGGACGAGCUGUUCGAGCGGCUGAACGAUCUGGGCCUGCAGUGCGUGGAGCACAUGCAGCAGUAUGCGGCCAUAAUGGCCUACUAUCCGGAUCAUCUGAAGAGCAACAACAUCUUUGUGCGCUUCCACGAGAGCUAUGCCAACUACUUGGCCAAAUCCGAGAACAGCAACAGCAGAAGCCAACAGAGCGCCGCGACCCAGUUCGACACGGACAGCAAGCUGAGCACAGCCCGAACCUUGGAGGCGGUCCAGCUGAAUCUCAGCUGCCAGCUGCACGACUUGACGCAGCACUUUGCCCACGAACAGGCCCUGGCCCAGUCGCAGAGCCCGUCGCACGUCCUGCUGGCGGCUAUAAAGCACAGCGGCUGCAGCAAGGUGCAGCUCGAUGCGGCGCUCCUGCACACCCUGGAGAAGGCCAACAGUGCGUUCGCCCACUACGAGCGAUCGGCUGUGGAGGAGCGUGAAAUGAAACUCUUGGAGCAUCAGGUGCAGCACAUUCAGCUGGUGCGUACAAUGUGCCUCAGUGUUACGGAGCCCGUGGACCAGGCCAACGAUCACCUCAGCCAGCUACAGGACACGCUGUCCAUGCUCAUCCAGCUGCAGCACAGCUUCGAGCACGGCCUCACCGCCAGCCUGUUCCGUCUAUUGCUGUUGCCAGCCAAGCAGAACCAUUUGGAGGCAAUUCUACAGCUGGAUAGCAAGACUCUGGCCGAACGUUAUCAUCGAUCAAUGCCAGUGCAGCAGCAGCAGCAGCAGCAGCAGCAGCAGGAGUUGGAGCGAUCGGAAAAACAACUGGAGCCGGCGGAGGACUCGCUGCAGCAAUUGGCCAUUCCACGAGCGUUGGAAACUCAGUUCAUGCAAUGCCUGCAGCCCGGCUACGAUCUCUUCCAGCAGCUUACCAAGGCCCUGGAGCGUGUCACGCGCAAUAUUAAAUUGAUCAUUGGCGAUGUCAACGAUGCUCCGACAGAGCAGUACAUGGAACUGGGCAUAAUUAAGAAUGCUGGCAACUUGUUGUCAGAGAAAUGCUUCUUCGAUCUGGUGCUGCAGACGGUGGACGCCAGCAGGAGCUGGGAUCAGCGACUGAUGCGAGAGCCGGUGCAGAACUUUGUACAGCGCCUGGAGAUGACGUGCAUUGUGGGCGUGGUGCCGUUGCUCUGCCGUUCCCACUACACUAACUGUUGCACCCGCGGCCAGGAGGUGGCAGCAGCCAUUGCCCUGUGCUCGCCGGAUGUGCUGCAGCUGUGCGAUGGCUUCUUUGCGGCGCUGCAAGCGGAGGCGACGCUGCAGCAGCGCCAGUGCGAAAUUGGGCAGCUCAAUCAGCUGAUCGAGGCACAGACGCUCAUCGCAACGGCGCACUACUGGGCAUACGGCGAAUCGCUGGGCAGCGAGCUGAACUGCGGCCACGUCAUCAGUAGGCAGAAGCUGUCCGAGGCAAUCAGCCAGAACUUGCAGACGCUGUCCGACAAGGCACUGGCUAUGGAGCGACUGCAGCAUCACCUGACCUCGCAGCUAGACCAGCUGCAGACCCAUCGCAGCAACUGGAACCGCAAUCACAUCGACAGCCUGCUGCGCAACGAGCAGCAGCAGCACAAGCUGACCAGCAAUCAGCUGGGCGUGAUCACUGAGCUGAAGAAAUGCGCCAGUGCACUGUGCAGCAUCGAGCAGGCGGACGGAAUUGGCGGAGAGCAGGAGAAACUGCUGCUGGACAACAUGGAGCAGUGGCUGCAGGCCUACCAGCAAUGGGAGGUGAGUAAUGCGCGGAUUAGCGCCGUGGAGCAGGCGAUUGUCCAGUUGCUGGACCCCGAGGGAGCCAUCGAUGACUGCUGGGUAAAGAACGUGCAGGGUCUGCUUGAGGAUUACACGUGCAAGGUGCAGCGGGAGCUGUCGAUGCUGGAGUCGGAGCAGCAGACCAGGCGCAGACUCAUCUAUGAGGCGCUCAAGGAAGUGCAGCGCCACCAGGAGCAGAUGCCGCGCAUUUACUCGCGCAGCCUGUGCAGCGACUCCGAGGAGCAGGCCAAAUUGACACCGCUGGAUAUUCAGCUGCUUUGUGGUCAUGUGCGCGACGCACAGCGCACACUCAUGGACUUCUUUCAGCGUGUGGUGGAGCUGCGCAAGGACAUGAGCAGCGAACGGCAUGCACUGCACCAUGACACGCUCGCCAGAUGGCAGCAGCAGCUGCAGCAAAUCGAGCAAAUGGCUCAGCACGGCGUGGAUGACUUCUUCAGGGGCAUCGAGGACUUUCUGCAGCAUUCGGUGGACAGUGAUUCGCUGCCAUACGAAACGUUUACGCACAACAAGAGUGCACCCAAUCUGCACGAGCAGAAACGCAAUGCGUAUGGCGUGUCCGUGUGGAAGAAGAUACGCAUGAAAUUGGAGGGACGCGAUCCGGAUAGCAAUCAGCGUGCCAGCGUCGCUGAACAGGUCGACUACGUGUUACGCGAGGCGACCAAUCCGGACAAUCUGGCCGUACUAUACGAGGGCUGGACGCCAUGGGUCUAAGUUGACGGACGUAGCCACAAAUUGCCAGCAAAUGGCAAACGGGCAUCAAAAUCGCAUAAAACGCAUUAUGGAACGGGGGUCGGUCACAGUGGCAGGGGGAUGCUCGGAAGUGGAGUGCCUGUUGCCAAAUGUAUCUAUAUCUAUAU